AAAGGAGACCUAACUGCCUUUUUCCUUCCUCACAGAGCAUGAGAAACACAGACUGUGUAAGAGUGCGGACUAUAUGAAUUUACACUUCAAAGUGAAGUGGCUGUACAACGAAUAUGUUCGUGAUCUGCCUGCCCUCAAGGGAAAAGUGCCUGAAUAUCCAGCGUGGUUUGAGCAGUUUGUGAUGCAGUGGCUGGAUGAAAAUGAAGAUGUUUCCUUAGAGUUCCUGCAUGGUGCUCUGGAGAGAGAUAAAAAAGAUGGGUUCCAGCAAACAUCUGAGCACGCUCUAUUCUCAUGCUCAGUGGUGGAUGUCUUCACCCAACUCAAUCAGAGCUUUGAGAUCAUUAAGAAGUUGGAGUGCCCAGACCCUGUCAUUGUUGCUCAUUAUAAUAGGAGGUUUGCUAAGACUAUUGGGAAAGUGCUGAUGCAGUAUGCUGACAUCCUCUCCAAGAGCUUCCAGUCUUACUGUUCCAAGGAGAAACUGCCCUGCAUCCUGAUGAAUAACAUCCAGCAGCUGAGAGUGCAGCUAGAGAAGAUGUUUGAAGCCAUGGGUGGUAAAGAGCUGGAUGCAGAAGCAAGCGACCAUCUCAAAGAGCUCCAGGUGAAGCUGAACAACGUUUUGGAUGAACUGAGUGCAGUGUUUGGUAACAGCUUUCAGGCUCGUAUUGAUGAAUGUGUCAAGCAGAUGUCUGAUAUCCUCUGUCAAGUGAAAGGGGCAGGAAAUGUUGCUGCUAAUGCCAGAAACACGGUUGCACAAGAUGCAGAUAACGUCCUGAGACCAUUAAUGGAUUUCCUGGAUGGAAACCUGACACUGUUUGCAACUGUGUGUGAAAAGACAGUGCUGAAACGGGUGCUGAAAGAGCUCUGGAGGGUAGUAAUGAACACCAUGGAGAAGCUGAUUGUGCUGCCUCCUCUUACAGACCAUACGGUAAAGCAUUUUCUCCUUCCUGACUCAUAGCAGAAAGUGUUGCCA